AUGAGGGUCUGCUCUCUGGUUCGAAGACUCCUUUUAGUUGCGGUGCUGGUGCCCGUGCCCCUCUUCGUGUCCGCUCGCCAUGAUGCCUUGGGCCACAGGCUUCGAGAACGUGAUGCGCCAGCACCAGGUCUCGAUGUGAAGCAACCCAGGGCUAGGGCCAUCGAGGAAAACGCGAAGGGAACAGUGGAGGAAUACCAGCAAUAUAGCUGGGGCUAUGGGUAUGGAUACCCUCCUGAUGAGGCCGAGGCUACAUCAACAGAGGAAACUUCCGAGGAGGGAACGCCUGCCACCAGCAAGGAAGGUCGGUAG